GUGUAACAAUCCAACAGCAGCAAGUUCAUUGCUCAGAUUUCAUCCAUCUCCACUGUUCUACAAUUUAAAGUGUCAUGUUAAUUUAACAGAAAAGCACAAAACAGCACUUGAACUCAAGUUUCUGAUAUAAGCCAUAUCACAUUUCACAAUACCUAAAAUAAUGGCAGUUAUUUUCCAGGCAGAUAUUUUCCAGAAAAGCAAGCAAACAAAAACAACAACAAACCAAUUUAACAGUAACAAAAAGAUGACCUCCCUUGAUGUUGUUCUCAAGCAUCUAAUGAGUACUGAUCAGUAGAGCACAGAUUUCCAGAAGACAGACACGUUGGAUCAAAGGUGGAUCCCUAGCCCACAUGAACACAAGAAACAUUAAACCCAGGAGAUGUGAAUCAGCCAAAACAGAACCCAUAAAGUAAGGAUUGCACAACGCAGGUGGAGCCAUGGCAAGAAGUUUCCGAAAAUGUCCUGGUUUUGACCAGUCUCAUGAAUCUAAUAAUACAAGAGCAUUAGAGAAGCUUUUUCAUCUGUUAAAUUAAUUCAGGUUACAGGGCCUUCUGCCUCCUGAGCCUGAGAGAACCUCACAGCUGAGAGGAGCCCUCACUAGAUGAACCAUGGGUAUGCACAGGUGCUGCAGCAGUUCCAGAGCACCCAGCACAGGCAGGACAGCGCUGCUGCCAGCAAGCUGAGGGCAGCAUCCUGCAUCUCUGCAGAGCCUCUUGGUUAGGAGCAUCAAGGAAACAGAAACCAAACAAAUUAUGUUCUUCGGACUCUGGUGGCUUUUGUGGGUACUUGAACAACAUCAAUUUUUAGCGGAAAAUCUCAGGGAAGAAAAAAGUUAUGGACUGAGAAGACCCAUACCUAAACAUGUUCUGUCAAAUACUGUAGAAAGAUAUCCCAGCCCAAGUGAUCAAGAUGAAGACUGCAUUCUGGAAAUUGCUUUUUUACUGGACAGCUCCGAGAGUGCUAAGGAUUAUAAUCACGAACAGCAGAAAAAAUUUGUCCUGGAAACAGUAGACAGAAUGAAAGGUCUGCAGCUUAGUUCUGGACGGACCCUUAGCUGGAGGAUGGCCUUACUCCAGUACAGCAGCACUGUUCUCAUAGAACAAACUUUCCGUAACUGGAAAGGUCCUGAAGCGUUCAAAUCUCACAUUGCUCCCAUCACCUACAUAGGUCAUGGUACCUACACAACUUACGCUAUUACUAACCUCACACAACUCUACAUGACUGAAGGGACUCCAGGUAGUGUGAAACUAGCCGUGCUCUUCACCGAUGGAGUCGACCAUCCAAGAAACCCAGAUAUUUUUGCAGCUACAGCUGACGCUAAACACCAAGGAAUUGUAUUGUUCACAAUGGGAAUGACCAGAGUGGCUGAGGAGGUUAGCAAUGCUGCCAAGCUCCGGCUCCUGGCCAGUAUUCCAGCAUCCAGGUUCGUCUUCAACCUUCAGGACAAAGGAACUGUGGAGAAAGUUCUCAAAGAAAUGAAAGAUCUGUCUGAGGAAGAGUGUCCGCAGGUUGCCAUAUGUAACUGUGAAAAGGGAGAAAAAGGCCUUCCUGGCCCUGCUGGUAAAAAGGGUCGCACUGGGGAUGACGGAGCUCCAGGCUUGAAAGGAGCAAAGGGAGAGCCGGGUCUUAAUGGAAUCCCAGGUCAAGAUGGAAUAGAGGGGAAAUCUGGGUAUAAAGGAGAGAAGGGUGAAAGAGGUGAAUGUGGAAUCCCAGGGAUAAAAGGAGACAGAGGUCCUGAAGGUCCAGUUGGCCCCAGAGGAACAAGAGGGCUCCAGGGUCCACAAGGACAAGCUGGAGAUCAAGGGCCUGAAGGCCUGCAAGGAUCAAAGGGUGAAAGAGGUCUCCCGGGGCCACCAGGCUUACCUGGAGAGACUGGAAUAGGACUGCCAGGCCCAAAGGGUGACAUUGGUUUGACAGGAAGACCAGGCCCUGUUGGCCCACCUGGAGUUGGUGAGCCAGGACUUCUGGGGCCUCAAGGACCACAAGGUGUUCAAGGAGAACGAGGUUCACCAGGAGAAGGGCUUCCAGGAGCAAAGGGAGACCGUGGUUUUGAUGGACCAAAAGGCCCUCGUGGACUUCCAGGCAUCAGCAUAAAAGGUGAAAAGGGUGAAUUUGGUCCUCCUGGUUUACCUGGGCCAAUAGGAUUACCUGGAAUUGGAAUUCAAGGAGAGAAGGGAGUGGAGGGCCCAAAAGGACCACCCGGCUCCAGAGGGCUACCAGGACAGGGACUACCUGGACCAAAGGGUGAACAAGGCUUGCCAGGAGAAACUGGAGUGCCAGGAGAAAGAGGUGUUGGAGAACCUGGUUCUAAGGGUGAGCCAGGCCUUUCAGGACUUGCAGGUCUGCCUGGCCUUCCAGGAGAAGAUGGAGCGCCUGGACAAAAGGGUGAACCAGGAUUACCUGGUCUUAGAGGCCCUGAAGGUGCUCCAGGAGUUGGAAUACAGGGGGAGAAGGGAGAUCAAGGUCAGAGAGGAAUACGUGGAUUAACAGGACCAACAGGAGUGCCUGGGCCUGCAGGAGCUAAAGGAGAGCCUGGGGUGCCAGGACGUCUUGGAAUGCCAGGCCCUCCUGGAAGAGCUGUGCCUGGACCAAAGGGUGACAUUGGGUUACCUGGUCUUGCUGGACCAAUUGGAGAACCAGGUUUUGGGCUUCCUGGGGCAAAGAUAAACGUCUGCACUAAGCUGUGUAGUAAGGUCAAACUUUACAAGGGUGACCGAGGCCUUCCAGGACCCCCUGGGCCCUUUGGGCCAAAAGGAGACGGUUAUCCUGGUCCACCUGGCUUGCCAGGCCUUCCUGGGAUUCCUGGUGAACAAGGCCCUGAUGGAAUUGGACUACCAGGACCUAAGGGUGAUCCCGGUAGUAGAGGACCAAUUGGUCUCCCAGGACCCCCAGGAGAAGGCCUGCCAGGACCAAAAGGAGCCACAGGACGCCCAGGGCCACCUGGCUCAUUGGGACCUCCUGGUGAAGGCAUUCAAGGAAUUAAGGGGGAACAAGGAAUUCAUGGAAUGCCAGGACCACGAGGCCCUCCUGGAGAAGGGCUUUUGGGACAGAAGGGAGAUCGAGGAGCUUCAGGUGAAAAGGGGAAAAAAGGAGACAAGGGCAAUGUGGGUGACCCUGGUUUAGCUGGAGAACCUGGCAAAACUGGACCAAAAGGAGACCAAGGCCUCACAAGAGAAGAUAUAAUUAAAUUAAUUAAAGAGAUAUGUGGUUGUGGUAUUAAGUGUAAGGAAAUUCCUAUGGAGCUUGUAUUUGUGAUUGACAGCUCUGAGAGUGUCGGACCAGAAAAUUUUGAGAUUAUCAAAGACUUUGUAACAGCUUUAGUAGAAAGAGUAACUGUAGGCAGAAACGCUACCAGAAUUGGCCUUGUACUAUACAGUUUAGAAGUUCGGCUAGAAUUUGAUCUCAACAAGUACACAACUCAACAGGAUGUCAAACAAGCAAUUAGAAAAAUGCAAUACAUGGGAGAAGGCACUUACACAGGAACUGCUAUCCGUAAAGCAACCCAGGAAGGAUUUUUAGGUGCUCGAACAGGAGUGCGAAAAGUAGCUAUUGUGCUAACAGACGGCCAAGCAGACAAGAGAGAAGCAGUGAAACUAGACAUUGUUGUUCGAGAGGCUCACGCAGCAAACAUCGAAAUGUAUGCGAUAGGAAUUGUAAAUACUUCAGAUCCAACACAGGCCGAGUUUGUGCAUGAAUUAAAUCUGAUUGCUUCCGAUCCAGACAGAGAACAUAUGUAUCUCAUCGAUGACUUUAAUACCCUGCCAGCUCUGGAGUCCAAAUUAGUCAACCAGUUCUGUGAAGAUGAACAUGGUACCUUAAUAUACAAUCGUAAUGGAAACGGUGCAAGCAUAAGCGGACCAUCUUUACAUUUAGUAUCUUCAAGUUCUUCGUAUUACAUGCUUCAGAACAACAAUGUUAAUGGGCAAUCACUUUCAGCACAGACACCUGGAGUAGCCACUGCAGAAAGUCCUCUGGGACUUGGUGAUCUUCCUCAACCAUUAGUCCCGACCAAAGUACCUCCUGUGGUAGUUUAUGAAGCUUAUGAAGAGGAAUUAGAGGAAGAGGAACAAUCAUCUUUGCUAACAGUGGACACUAGAGCCAUAUCAUCAUUGCCACCAUCAGAUGAAGUGCUGACUCAUUCAACUGCAGGGCUCAUACCAAGGCCAGAAAGCGUUCUGGACCUCCAAUGCAAGUUAAGGCUGGAUCAAGGGCCAUGCCGUGUUUAUAUCAUAAAAUGGUAUUAUGAUAAACAAGCCAAUGCUUGUGCUCAGUUUUGGUAUGGUGGCUGUCAUGGGAAUGCAAAUCGUUUUGAGAGUGAAGAGGAAUGUAGAGAGGCUUGUGUAUUUUCUUCUGGAGAAACCCAAUAGUUGGCAUGAAUUCUACAGAUUCUUCACUUUCUUUAAGGAAAAGUAUUCUGACAAACCCAAUUUUAAUAUUUCAAGCACAAAAUAUCUGUCUCCAAGUGACAUUCAUGUCACUACUCAGAGGUUACUAGAUAAACACAGUAAAUGCAUCAGUUUGUUCCCUACGCACUUUCCAGGUCACAAGACAAGGAGGUAGUUGAGCUAUUCACCUCUCCCAACCACAUGCUUGUUAGAUUUUGCCCUUUUAUCUGUAAGCUCUCCUCUGUUACCUUUAACUAGAAAGAUACAUGAAAAAUGCAGUUGUAAUACUUCCACAAAUUUAUGAGUGACUGCACCAGUAGCUGACAUCAGUAAGUUAGGUUAGUUCAUGUUCAAAGUGGUUCUUGGCAUGUUGUUCCUCUACUAAAAGUCCUAAUUUUUAAAUGCAUUUUAGUAUUUUAUUUCUUAAAAACUCUUAACUUAUGUUGAAAUCUUCAAAUGCUGUGUAGUUUAUUCUUUAUUGCUUGUCACUACCAUAUUGCUUUUUACAUUUAUGUCUGCCUUUAUAUAAUGUAUUAUUACUUGUAUUAUGUGCUUAAAAGCUUGUUUCUAAUAAAACAUUUCUGUUUUUACUGCCAGGACAGUGUGUUUAAUAGUACCCUUACAGAAAUAGAAACUUACCUCACUCUACACUCA